CCCGCAUCCACAACAACAACAACAACACAGACAUCAUCACAGCAGCUCGAACACCGUUGAUUUGAUCAAUUGAAUAGCCUCACUUUGAGGCCAAAUUAUCACUAUUUUCCCUGUGAAUUCUAUCACUUUUGAGUACGUCAACUCGGACCGUUAUUUUCCCGCUCGCGAGUCCGACACUACCUCACCUCAACAUCUCCCUAUCAAUCGACAUGGCAACCACUGUGUCUGCACUUCUCGGCCAGUAUCCUACAAACCCAGUCAAAAAUACCCUCAAGCAUUCAGAUAGCAAUAAAUCAUGGGCGAAAUCAUACCCGCCCAUAUCUAGGCUCAGAGUCCACACUUCCAUCCAAGGGCCGGGCUCAGUUAUAGCCAACUUUAACGACGCAUUCCUGGGUGAAUACAACGAUGAGACCCUCAGGCUGAACGAAACCGCACAUCCACCAAACUACCGAAGGUGGCGUCUGGACUCAGAAGAAGACGGGAUUCAGUGGUUUCAUACAGAAAUAUCUAAUGUAGUCCUGAGCGCAUUUGCAAGCCAUCCCAGCCUCCUCCAGACUUCCCAUGAGAAGGCUCUCUCCGAGACUCGCACAGAGCAGACGGUUGAUAUAUCAUACUCGGUGUCCCACGGCAAAGAAAGAAUGCCUGUUGCUAUCGGCGAAUUUAAGAGAGGCCUUAUAAAACCGGAACAGUGGCAAAACGGGAAGCUCAUACACAGCCAACAAAUCAUCCUUUCUCAGGAGCUACGAGGGUAUGCACACAAAUACGCAUGCCCCCAGGUCUUUUGUUUUGAUAACUACUCUUUCCUUAUGCUCCAGUUUAGAGCCAGAAAUAAGCAUGAUAUUAAAGACGCUAAAUGCGACGUCGACUGCUGGAUCCUGCCCCGCGAAGAUAUGCACGGCUGCUACAGCACCACUCUCCGCUAUGCCCUAUAUCGACUACUAGUUCAAGGCUUCCGCAGAUGCCAAGGCGCACGGCCGAUGGAAGUUUCUCUCUAUGGGAUACACCCACAUGUGCGCGAGUUCUACAACGGCCAGCCGCUUUGGAAAAUCGAUGGCAAACUUCACACCCAGCCCGGGGGACAUUGCCGUUUAGUCGAUCCUACCUGUGGCGCCUUCUUCUGGACGGAUUCAGACGGGUCAACUCCGUUACUCGAUCAAGACGGCAAUGUGGCGCGAGAUACAGAAGAGUUUUGGGAGUCGAGCCAGCAACAAACUGAGCCAGAUAAUAAUAUAUUAGCUGGGGAGGAUCUCUAUGGGCCCGGGUAGCUUAUUUAGUGCGUCUUCAGUAUUUAGAACUUGGGAUUUAUUAUAUUACUCUUAUUGCUAUCUUGUAGUUG